AUGUCUGUUAAGAAGAGAGUCUACAACGAGCUCACCAUUUCAAAGAAAUUUGAACUUGUCAACAAUGCUGAAAACAAGACUCAAAGACAGCUAUCAAAGGACUUUGGUGUUUCCUUGGGAACUGUUUCCAAUCUGCUGAAACGUAAACGAGAAAUUGAAGAACUUUAUGAGGAAAAUGUCAGUAAAGAACGUUGCCGCAAACUACGAAAGACUGAACACGAACAAGUGAACGAACUGAUGUGGGAUUUUUUCCGAGAAUGCAGAAGGAAGAACCUUCCUCUAAGUGGACCGAUACUUCAAGCACAAGCUCUCGAAUAUGCAAAACGAGUGAAUAACAAUGACUUUAAAGCAAGUAUUUGGUGGCUAGAAAGUUUCAAGACACAACAUUUCCAGCAAAGAAAUCUGUGGUGCUUCAAGAACAUUGAUGUUAGCAGGCUACCCACUCAUUGUUAUCAAAUUGUCCAAGUAAAAGUGAUCAUCUUCCCUCCAAACACGACGUCAAAGCUUCAGCCCAUGGAUCAAGGUGUAAUCAAGCCUAUGAAAGCUGUCUAUCGAAAGCUGCUUUUGAGGGCGUUGUCGCUGAAGCUGGAGGACUGUGAUUCGGUCACGGAGAUCAUACGUGAAGUGAGUGUCUUGGAUGCCGUAAACUUGAUCUAUGACGCAUGGCGUCAGUUGCCACCAGUGACAAUAGAGAAAUGUUGUCGUAAGGCAGGAUUUACAACUGACAUGGAUUCCGAUGAGGGAGAGGAUGAUCUCAUCAAACGAGCAUCCACCCAGCUUGGUCCUGAGCCAGUCUUGGAUGCUGAGGAAUUUGUUGACGCAGAUGAUUUGCUUCAAACGUGUGAAACUCUGAAUGACCCGAACUGGAAAGACAAACUCCUAGAACAGCAAGAAUCAUCAAAUGAGCAUGAUCUGUUUGACGAUGGUGAUGAUGCAAGAGGAAUAACUGUGGAUGUAGAGGAGGAACCAAAAUCUAGCAAGGAAGCUAGUGAGAUGCUCAAUAAACUUUUAAGAUACGCAUUGAUCAGGGAACCUGGGCUGUUGGAAAACCUGCAAAAAGUGAAGUCUGAUCACGAUACUGCCAGACUGCAGAAACUGUUUGAAAAGCAAAAGCAAAUGACAAUUGAACAUUUCUUUUCCAAGAAUUGA